GCGACGCAACACGUCAACAGUGAGCCGGCGCCGGUUGGGUUUAGGUGGUUUAGGUAUUUCAAUUUGUGGGUCCAGUUAGGGUUGUUGACUACUGCAGAAAAUCUCAUAUUAUAAAGUCAUGGAGUCAAUUGUGUCAUUACCCUUCAAGCUUCUAGAAAUCCCCAACCUUAAGCUGAAGAAGCCAUCAUGGUUUAAACAGCCUACAGCAAUGCAAAUGUUUGCAUUCAUUCUCGUUUCUUAUUUUAUGGUAACAGGAGGCAUCAUUUAUGAUGUUAUCAAUGAGCCCCCCAGCAUUGGAUCUACUACAGAUGAGCGAGGACAUUCAAAACCUGUGGCAUUCCUGCCCUACAGAGUUAAUGGCCAGUACAUCAUGGAAGGCCUGGCGUCGUCGUUCCUGUUCACCAUGGGCGGCCUCGGCUUCAUCCUGUUGGACCGCACCCACAACCCGGCCACGCCGCGCAGUAACCGUAUGAUGCUGAUCGGCGUCGGCUUCUCCUGCAUCCUCGUCAGUUUCGCCUGCUGCUUCACCUUCAUGCGCAUAAAACUGCCGUACUACCUGCUUUCGUAGAGCACAACGCCCACCCGUCGGCUACAGCCGACGAACCUGCGCCACGCCACGCCAGACCCAAGUGACAUUACCGCUCCCAGGAGACCAUAGGCAUCCGGCCUGCAGGAUUUAACCCGUCACACUGGUCGUGCGGGGUCGAUGGGUACGUGGACUGUCUGCAGCGGUGAUUCGCGGACCAAUGCGUGCGUGAUAUUCGACACCCCACUUGUAACUCGCCAGCGGGCUGUACGGCCGAGAUGUAUAACCACGGUGAUACGCCUCGGCCACGAAGAUUGAUGGUGGGUGUACAGGGGCGCGGGAACUACUUUCCGACUGGGGGGGCACACCAUAAUAGAGAUUAACCUAGGGUACCCCCAAAUCUAGUUUUCUCACCGGUUUUAGGCCACUUAUUUUUCACCCCUCGGCUUUUUCAACAAAAAAAGAAAACAUUUGCAAAAAAGUGUGGUAUUCCGUCUCAAAGCUGUGGGGGCACCGCCCCCACGGCCCCAGAGUUGGGGGGGCAAGCUGCCCCCACUGCCCCCCCGGCUCCCGCGCCUAUGUGGGUGUAGGUCGUGUCUGCUGUGUGCAGCCAGACCUGCCUCUGGCCAAAGUGAUACCGUUCGCGACAAUCUAACAUCCGGCUUAGUGCGGCGGAACGGCGGUGACAGGCACACCAGUGCUGAAUGUAAUCCACCAUGGCUCCAUUAGAAGUGAUGUUGUCUGUUCUCUAACGAAUUAUUUCGGUGGAUGAUUGUGGGACGAUUGAAAUCACUGCAAAGGUACGGUUGGUUUCUUCUGGGCCAUGUCUCAUCCGCUUUUUCCCCGGUGUCCCACUCCGUGUUUAGACGAGUGAGCUGUGCGCGUGCGGUCACAGAAUACGCUGGAUUGAUCCACUUUUGCUACUGCCAUGGGUGAAUAAACACGACAGCACAAAGA